CAGCGGCUGCGGCGGCGGCACAGGUGAGCGGUGGCGGUACAGUACGAACUAAGAAAUGGAUGGCUUGGAGUCGGACUUCAACCUGAAAGUCGUCUUAGUCAGUUUCAAGCAGUGUCUCAAUGAGAAGGAGGAGGUGCUGCUGGAUCACUACCUCGCCGGCUGGAGGGGGCUGGUCAGGUUCCUGAACAGCCUGGGAGCCAUCUUCUCCUUCAUCUCUAAGGAUGUCACCGCGAAGCUGCAGAUCAUGGAGCGUCUGCGCAGCGGCCCCCAGCGGGAGCCCUACAGCAGUCUGCAGUCCAUGGUGGCCUACGAGGUGGGCAACCAGCUGGUGGACCUAGAGCGGCGCUCCCGCCACCCUGACUCAGGCUGCCGGACGGUGCUUCGGCUGCACCGUGCCCUGCGCUGGCUGCAGCUCUUCCUGGAAGGCCUGCGCACCAGCCCUGAGGAUGCCCGCACGGCCGUCCUCUGCACGGACUCCUACAACGCCUCUCUGGCGGCCUACCACCCCUGGAUCAUCCGCCGGGCUGUCACCAUGGCCUUCUGCACAUUGCCCACACGCAAGGUCUUCCUGGAGGCCAUGAACGUGGGGUCCCCGGAGCAGGCUGUGGAGAUGCUGGGCGAGGCCCUGCCCUUCAUCGAGCAUGUCUACAAUGUCUCCCAGAAACUCUACGCUGAGCAUUCCCUGCUGGAUCUGCCCUAAGGGCCAGCGGGCCAGGUGGGGCAGGUUUCCCCUGCAGAGCUGGGCUGGGGCAGCCGGCACCCAUCAGUCCCACCAUGGAGAUCUGUGAGUGCCCCA